AUGAGUAAUUCUAAAUCAAAUAAUACUUAAUCAUCAUAACAACUCUAAAGCAGUUAAACCAAUAUCAGUUUGCAGAGCAUGGGUUAAUCUUAAUCAACUUAAGUAACUGUAUUUUUGGCUACUGCUAAUACUACUUAGUUUACUUAAAAAGAGUCUUUUAAUCAAUCAUAGAAGAUAAGUGUUUCAACUGCUGACACAAUUGAUAAUGAGCUUUAAAAAGCUAGAAUGAAGAGUAGAUAGAUUCUUAAAAUGGACUAAGCCCAUUAAAAGCAUUCUUAAGGCAUAUAACCUGCAAAAAUGGCUGUAUCAUAAAGUGACAUUAAUAAAAGUAACAAAAAAUAAAAGGAGAAUCAGCCGUAAGUCAAAUAUAACAACUAGUAAAAAGACUAAUUAAAAAAUGUUACUUCUAACUCUAAAUAAUAAGCAAUUCAAGAUAGAAAUAACAGAUAGAGAUAAAAAUCAAUAAACUUAAAAGCAAAUGACUCAAACCAGAUUGAAGGUGAAGUCCUCUCUACUAAGAUGUUUCAAAAUAAAAGACACUCAAAUGCAAGAAACAACUUCUAAAACAUAACUCAAGCGUUGAAUAACUUUUGCAACUAAAAUUUAAAAAGCAAAACAACCUAGAAUUUGUAGAGAGCAGUAAAUACCAAUACUUCCCCUAAGAACAAUCUAGUUGUAUUAUCUGCUGAAGAUUUAAGAAGUAAUCAAAAAAAGAUACAGCAUAUAUCAAAUAUUUAAAAGUAGUAUGAUAACAACGACGAAAGCUGCAACUAAAUAAUAACCUAAACUAUAAGUUCAAAUUAUGAUAUUGAAGAUGUAGAAGAAUUUAAUGGAAAUCUUUCAGAUAGAGAGACAUCUCCAUAAUAUAGAAACUAUCUCUCUAAGAAAGUAGUUCUAACUUAGGUCUAAGAUUACUACACACCUAAAUCUAAGUUCAUGCUUGAUUAAGAUUAAACUGCAACUUAGCUAAGUCCUAACUCAAUAAAUCUCAACUUCUAAAACUUCAUGCCUUUUUAGUAUCAAAAGGCUUAAGACUAAUAAAAUGAAAGUAAAAAUUUAAGCAGAAGCACAUCAAAGAGUUCGAGAGUGCUUUCAUAAGAUAGUAGAUAAAACAGUCAAAGGUCCUAUUAAAAAUCUCAAAACUAUAACAAAAGUCUCGAACAGCCUAUGAUAAUCAAUAAAACUUAGCCAAAUAUUACUUAUAAUCCUGAAAUAUUCAGUUUUCUAGAUUCAUAAAAUGCAAAGCCUAAAAAUGCCAGUAGAAAUGGAGAGUUAUCAAAUAGCAAUAGUAAAAAGAGCUUGGGCAGUGGUAACUAUAGCAAAUAAGCGCAUAGGGUUCAAUACGGGUAGAUUGAUAUUAGUGAUGAUAAUAAAGACUCAUUCCAUACCUCGCCACCUAAACAUAAAGUUACCAAUCAAUUCAAGUCAGUAGUAAAUAACCAAGUUGAAGUAGUCUAAGAAGCGAUGCUAUAUAAAAAAUCUCAGGAAAAGUUACAGCAAUAGCUAAAGAAAUAAAUUAGAACUCUAAAUGAAGAAAAUCAAAAUCUUUAAUCUGUAAACAAUAAUUUAGUAUAAAAGAUUGAAUUCAAUGAGGGUAGGUCUACUGAACUCGGAAGAAAUAUAAAUACUAUAAGAGUUGAAAUUCUUAAAACUAAUCAAGAGAGGCUAAUUACUAAAGAUGCUAAGGAAUCUGAGCUUUUCAAGAAAGACAUGGAGCGUAUGGAACUUAGAAUAGAAGUAAGUUCACUGAAAGAAACUUUAGAUGAGGAAGUCUUCGAAUAUAAAGAAUAGUUGCAAGACUAAAGAGAGUAGGUGCAGAAAUUAAAGGACUUACUAGAGAGGGCUAAAGCAAAGUGUGAGGAGUUUAAAAUAGAUGUCAAGAAACAUAAAACAGUAGAGUAGGAGAGAAUUAAGGAGGUAAAGAUAAACUAAAAGAAAUUGAAUAUUUUUAUCAAACAAACUUCAAAUCAUCAUAAGAGUGUGAAGGCAAACGAUGAUUAUGAAGAUGACUUCGCUGAGAGGAGCUAAUAACUUAAGGAAAGUAGGAAAUCAUAAUAUAAUACAAUAAGUAGUACUGGUAAUAAUCAUCAAAACAAAAGGUAAAGUCAUUUAUGA